AUGCAGUCAUCUCGCCCUCCACCGCACGCCAAGCCGCCGAGGUCAGCCCCGGGCCACGCGCGCUCCCGCUCCCAGCUCGCGCAGGUGCGCCCAGAUCCCGCCCAGGAUUUCGAGUUCCGCUUCGACUUCCUGCCCGACGCCUUCCGCUUCGACAUGGACGCCGGCGCCAAGCCGGCGGCACCCGCGGCCGCCAAGGACAAGGAGGAGGUCCUUGUUGCGUUCGACAAGGUGAGGCUCAGCAUUGCGUCCAGCGAGGGCGACGACGACGACGAUGACGGGGCGCCGCCGAGGAGCUCCUUCUCCGGGGCCAGCCACCCGCCGGAGCCGGUCGACGAGAUGGACCCCGUGCUCGUGGCCGUGGACCACGGGCGGGGCGACAAGAAGGCGCCGCCGCCGCCAGCCAAGCCGGUCAUCGUGUGGGACGCGUCCCCGCCGGUGAGCGGCGCCGCGAGCCCGCACAGCAGCAUGGGCGACAGCUCCUCCGGCGGCGGGGCGGUCACGGCCACCUGCACCAGCAUGGCGCCCAGCUGCACCGUCACCAGCCGGAGCGCCAAGACCAGCGUCAGCAGCAGCGCCGCCAGCGACUGGAGCAACGGCACCGCCGGCGCCGGCGGGAGCGGCGGCGUGGGCGGGAAGCCCCACAAGGGGGGCGACCCUAGGUGGAAGGCGGUCCUGGCGGCGCGCGCGGGGGACGGGCCCCUCGGGAUGGGUGACUUCCGGCUGCUCCGGCGGCUCGGCUGCGGCGACAUCGGCACGGUGUACCUCUCCGAGCUCAGCAAGGGCGGCGGCGGCGGCGGCGGCGCGGCCAGGGCGCCGUGGUUCGCCAUGAAGGUGAUGGACAAGGCGUCGCUGGAGAGCCGCCGGAAGCUGAGCCGCGCGGAGACGGAGCGUGAGAUCCUGCAGCUGCUGGACCACCCCUUCCUCCCCACCCUCUACGCCCACUUCGAGACCGACAAGUUCGCCUGCCUCGUCAUGGAGUUCUGCCCCGGCGGCGACCUCCACGCCCUCCGCCAGCGCCAGCCCGGCAAGCUCUUCCCGGAGCACGCCGCAAGGUUCUAUGCCGCCGAGGUGCUCCUUGCGCUGGAGUACCUGCACAUGCUCGGGGUGGUGUACCGGGACCUGAAGCCGGAGAACGUGCUCGUCAGGGACGACGGCCACGUCAUGCUCUCCGACUUCGACCUCUCCCUCCGCUGCGACGCCUCGACGACGCUGGUCCGGCCGACGCUGCCCUGCAGCGCCUCCGGCCCCAACGGCGGCGCCUGCAUCCAGCCCACGUGCUUCAUGCCCAAGCUCUUCGGCGGCCGGAGCAAGAAGAGCGCCUCCGCGGCCUCCAGAUCGAAGAGCGGCGAGCAGCAGCAGCAGGGCGCCAUGCCGGAGCUCGUGGUGGAGCCGACCGGCGCGCGGUCGAUGUCGUUCGUGGGCACGCACGAGUACCUGGCGCCGGAGAUCAUCAAGGGGGAGGGCCACGGCAGCGCGGUGGACUGGUGGACGUUCGGCGUGUUCCUGCACGAGCUCAUGUACGGCAAGACGCCGUUCAAGGGGCAGACGAACCGGGCCACGCUGUUCAACGUCGUCGGCCAGCAGCUCCGGUUCCCGGAGGGCGGCCCGCCGACGAGCGGCGCCAGCAAGGACCUCAUCAGGGGCCUGCUGGCCAAGGAGCCCCAGGGCCGGCUCGGCGUGAAGAGGGGAGCGGCCGAGAUCAAGCAGCACCCCUUCUUCGAGGGCGUCAACUGGGCGCUCAUCCGGUGCAGCACGCCGCCCGGCGUGCCCAGGCCCGUCGAGCCCAUGGCCGUCGCAGCAAUGCCGGCGAAGUCGGCAUCCAUGGACAGGGUGGAGACGAAUUACAACAGCAGCAAGAGGGUGCCAGCAGGGCCAGGGGCAGACCAUGUGGAGUCUGGAGGGAAAUUCCUCGACUUUGAGUUCUUUUAG